AUGCCUUCCAAAUCCUCCAAGUCCUCCAGCUCCAGCUCCAGCUGCCGCUGUCGCUGCUUCUCUCUCAAGACCCUCAGCUACCUAGCCAUUUUCCUGGCUUUCUUCUCCGCCGUCUACCGAUACCUCGAUGCGCGCCUUGAGCAAUUCUACAUCUUCGACCCGGAACACCUCCACGAUGUAUCUCAGCGCGCCAUCAGCGCCCACGGCGAGGACACCCGUUCUGUUGUCAACUUUAUUGUAGCCGAGCUAGAGCAGAAAGUCGGUCCCAAGUACCUGAGCACCCAGGAGGAGUGGGUAUUCAACAACGCCGGCGGCGCCAUGGGCGCCAUGUACGUGAUUCACGCCAGUAUCACCGAGUACUUGAUAAUCUUCGGUACCGCCAUCGGAACUGAAGGACAUACUGGCCGUCACACCGCCGACGACUACUUCAACAUUCUCCAGGGAACCCAGCUCGCCUACGUCCCCGGCGAGUUCAAACCCGAGGUCUACCCGGCUGGCAGCGUGCACCACCUGGUCCGCGGCGAGGUCAAGCAGUACAAGAUGGAUGAGUCGUGCUUCGCGCUCGAGUACGCCCGUGGUUGGAUCCCUCCGAUGCUCUUCUUCGGUUACGCCGAUACUUUCUCCAGCACCCUGGACUUCCCGACAUUGUGGGCUACCACGCGCAUUACUGCUCGUGAGAUGGUCGGCAACUUGUUGCAGUAUAAGCUGUAA